UUUAUGCAGAUGGAGCUUUGUGCAGCGGGGCUGAGCACGGGGACCUGCAGUGGCCCUGUGAAGUGUGUCCCCAGCCAGGUGUGGCCCUGCCCCAUGUCUCCCUUCCAGGAGUGCUACCUGCCGGGGUUGCAGUGCCCCGAGCCCUUUGCUGUGACCUGCAAUGAGACCUGUGUGAUCCAGUACCCCGACACCGUGGUGAACAUCGUGGAGCCCCACCAGCCCCCCUACUCCCUGAUCUACCCCGGGCCCAGGCUCACCACCUUCCCCCAGCACACCAUCGUGGGAUCCACCAUCCGGGACGUCGGGAGCUUCCUUGGAGCCGGGGGAGCCCUUGGGUUUAGGGAACUUGCAGGCCAACCCCAACCCACGGAUAUCUGUGGAUAGACUGAAAAGCAGGACUGAGCACUAAAGAGCCCGACUAAGUUUAUGGAUAAUGGAUUAGAGAAGUGCUGAGCUCCCGAGGUUCCCAGUGGAGUCAAUAAAUCCAUGGCUUCCUGGCACUAGACCUGCCCGAGGACUAGAAUUUCCAAACUCCAAGAAACUGAAAUUUCACCACUGACCUGGUUCAGAAUUAGGAUGAAAUAAACCCCCGAAUUUUCCAAGAAACCAGAUUUUCUAAAAAAAAUCUUUAUUUUUUUUUUCUUGGUUUCGUAAAAGUGUGUGUCAAUAAAUUCAUUUUUAUGCCAACAUUGAUGUUCUAUUAUCAAUUUAUCUCCAAAUCAAAAGUAUAAAAUACAUCAAAAGAAUAGGUCUGAAAAUCUUGGGUUCCAAAAUGAAAUUUUAUCUAAAUUCAUAUUCAUUUGUAAAUUUUACCGAACCAGCAUUAAAAAACAAAA